UCUGCCUGGUUUGCUUUUUUUUUCCUCCUCCCUUUGAGCAUCCUAUGAAAGCCGCAGUGACUAGCAGCAGCAGCAUCCAUGGCCUAAACACGCACGGUCGAGCAUUAGGCGCGCGACAGCCGCUGGGAAUCUCUUGAGCGCUGCCGUGGUGCGUGCGCUGCCUCUCCUGCUCUCCAUCUGCUAACCAGGGGCUUCUUCCCCCCUCCUCCUGUCGUUGCAGGCUCCUUGGAGAUAGAGGAAUGCAAAUCUGCAAUCAUGAUGGAAGGACUGAAAAAACGCACCAGGAAGGCCUUCGGGAUACGGAAAAAAGAGAAGGACACUGAUUCCACAGGUUCACCAGACAGAGAAGGGGGACCACCGAGAAAGAGUAAUGGAGCUCCCAAUGGAUUCUAUGGCGAGAUUGACUGGGACCGAUAUAACUCUCCCAUGGUGGAUGAAGAAGGUUAUAGCAUCAGACCAGAUGAAGAUGGAGGAUCCCCUAAAGACAAGUCUCACUUCUUCUCAUCCAGCGAGUCAGAGGAAGAGGAGGACCACCGCAAAAAGUUCAAGAUCAAGAUCAAACCCCUGCUUGCUGACAAUGCUGAUUUUGUGUCUCCUUCGGUGGAUGAGUUAAAAGCCUCCAUAGGCAACAUAGCUCUGUCUCCUUCUCCUCUGAGACGUAGCCCGGGUCUGGCAAAAAGAGAUGUACCAGGUGAAGAAAUUGAAAUUGCAAGACCAAGACGCUCAGUUCCCACUAUUAAUCCAGUCGCAGUCUCUUCACCUCCACCUGUACCUGCGCCUGCAUCUGCAUCAGAACCCCACAGCAGGAAGAAAUCUCCAGUGCCCGAAGAUGCAGUAGCCUUGUUUGGCCCUCCACUGGAGACAGCAUUUGAUGAGCAGAGGACAGAAGUGAUGAUAGAUGAACCUGAGGUUUGGGGUGUUCCUUUACAUGAGCCAAACCCAGACUCUUCUCUAGGAAGACCUUUUCCUCCUGGACCACUCCCUCCUCUUCCACCCAAGAAUGUGCCGACAUCCCCCCCUCCGAGCAACACUACGAGCCCAGAUGCCUCCGAUUUGAAAGCAGUAGACACUUCAGCGAACACGAACAAACCCUCCAUAGCGGAUCUGGACACCAUUUUCGGCCCAGCAGAUUCCACUAACCCUGCAGAUAUUGCUGCGGACAAGUGGGUCUGCUUCAAUGACGAGUCACCUCAAAGACCACCACUACCAGAAGAGCCGCCUCCUCCUUUACCAAAAUCUCCACCACCUCCUGAAGAACCUCCACCCGAACCACCAAGAAACACCACACCCUCCCCACCAGCCCCCAUUCUGUCACCCAAAGAUCCUUUCCCCCCCAAAUUGCCCUCUCCUCCAGUCGCAGUAGCCCCACCUCCUCCGGAUGAACCCCUCCAUCCUAAUGCUGAACCACCUCAGCCUGAUACAGAUAUGAGGUCUGAGUCAGCCAAGACGCCACCCAGUGCUCUGGAGAUUAAUGCACGUACAAUCCCCCCACCACUGGCCCUUAACCAGGAGGAUAAGAACAACCCUGAGGAGGGCAAUGCAAAAGAGGACCCAAGUGAACGCAGUGCUUCACCCAAAGAGAUCGAGCAGGGCCCGAGAUCAACACCACCGCCUCCUCCACCUCCCACAUACAGGGCAGUGGUGUCAUCUCCUGGGCCUACACCUCCAGUCACGAGUGGAGUAAGUGGCAGCGGCUCCUCGUCCCCGGUUCACUCUGUGACGCCGCUGACUGCCAGCAGCCCCCCUCCGCCCCCUCCUCCUCCAAGACCACCCUCCCGUCCCAAACUAGCUUCUGGGAAAGGCAGCGUUGGAGAAACGAAUCGACCCUUCAGCCCUCCGGUUCACUCAUCAAGCCCUCCACCUUUAGCACCUCUGGCACGAGCGGAGAGCACAUCCUCGAUCUCGUCCACCAACUCCCUCAGUGCUGCCUCUACGCCCACUGUCGGUAAAGAGCUCUCCGUAUCUGUGUCAGAUGACGUUUUUGUAGACAAACUGCCCAGCUUUGAGAGGCGAGCUGACCUCCUAGCAGAGACAGACCAGCCCUCCCUCGUAUGGUUUGACAGAGGCAAGUUUUAUUUAACCUUUGAAGGUUGCUCUCGUGGGCCCAGUCCCCUCACCAUGGGUGCCCAGGACACCCUGCCUGUGGCUGCAGCAUUCACAGAAACAGUCAAUGCUUAUUUCAAGGGAACUGAUCCCAGCAAGUGUGUGGUGAAGAUCACUGGUGAGAUGGUGUUAUCCUUCCCGGCUGGCAUCACCAGGCAUUUUGCCAAUAACCCCACACCUGCAGUGCUAACUUUUAGCAUAACCAACUAUAGUCAUCUGGAACAUGUCCUUCCUAACCCCCAGUUACUGUGCUGUGACACCACCCAGUCCAAACCCAACUCCAAGGAAUUCUGGGUGAACAUGCCGAACCUCAUGACCCACUUAAAGAAGGUGGCUGAGCAGAAACCUCAAGCCACAUACUACAAUGUAGACAUGCUGAAAUAUCAGGUAUCAGCACAGGGUAUUCAGUCUACUCCUCUGAACCUGGCCAUGAACUGGAGGUGUGAGCCCACCAGCACUGAUCUGAGAAUAGACUACAGAUACAAUGGCAGUGCCAUGACCACACCAGUGGCUCUCAAUAACGUGCAGUUCCUCGUUCCUGUUGAUGGAGGAGUCGGCCAGCUUCAAGCUGUUCUUCCUCCAGCUGCCUGGAAUGCUGAACAGCAGAGAAUCCUGUGGAAGAUCCCGGAUAUCUCACAAAAGUCUGAGAACGGAGGCGUUGGCUCCUUGCUGGCACGAUUCCAGCUAACAAACGGCCCCAGUAAGCCAGCGCCUCUGGCAGUGCAGUUCACCAGCGAGGGCAGCACACUGUCCGGCUGCGACAUCGAGCUGCUCGGCUCUGGGUACAGAUUCUCCCUCAUUAAAAAGAGGUUUGCUGCAGGAAAAUACCUGGCAGAUAACUAAUCUGCACCUCAGCCCAACUCAGAAGAGUCUGUCUUUAUGAACUAAACGAAAUUUACUCAAACCGUAGGAGAGAUGAUCACUCUGACCUCUGACCCGGCUCUUUUAGGGAUAUUUUCCCUUUCUAGAUGUCUGACCCAGGCAGAGGCCACACUCCAGCAGUAUUUUUAGAGUGUACUUCUUGUAUUUGUAAAAUGGUAAAAAAAAAAAAAACAUUUCGGAACUGUAUCGCUGCUGUUAGACAGCAUGGGUUUCUCCUAAGACUAGCCUGUCGUCUGUCUAACGUCUAAUCGUUGAACUCGUUGGCUGUGGCUGCCUGAAUACUUUAUAUCUCUCUAAACACACCAUCAGUGUUAAAGCUGUUGUUAAAGCGAAGGAUGAAAAGCUUGAGGUUUUUCUGCUGAUAGAGAAAUAUUCUGGAGCCCUGAAUGUGUUUCCGAACUGACACGAUGCUUCAGAUUGAAUAUGAAACCGUUCAGGAUUCGGCCUGCCGCUUCUUGACAUUUGAGGCAGAUCAUUUAAUAUACUUUUAAUUAAGUAAGAUGAAGGAAAGGAAAGGUCGCAGCAAGAUUCAAACCAUUAACGUGAAAAACAAGUUUUUGUGCUCCUGUUUAGCACGUAAAGUCUCGUCCUGUUUUAGCUCCUGUUUUAGGCAGCCACAGCUAAAUCUAUGUCUUGCUUGCGAUUGUAUUAAAAAAAAAAGAUUUCUUUCCAUUGAGAAAAAAAAAGAGCUGUUUAAAAUGUAAUUUAAAUGGAUAAUAUAUAUCUUGAAGGGCGUUUGGUGUUUUUCCUCAUACUGGUGAAUAGCCUUUCUGUUGUUCCUAAGACAGCAGUGUUAGACUUCGGAGUAUAUCGCUCUAUUUUUAUUUAUUCCUGAUCAUUUGUUGUACAAAAAAAAAGAGAAACAAAAAAUCAGUGACUGUAUCUGUAUAAACUUUGAAUGGUAUCACAGUUUAGGAUCCUUAAAGUUAUAAAUAUUUUUUUUUUGUUUUUGUUAUCUGUGUAGUUGGGUAAACUGUGUACAGUAUAAUGCGGAGGUAUAAUUUUUACAUUUAUUUCAGAUAUAAUUUUUUAAAAUCAAGCGCAACAGAGAAUCGAGCUGUAUGUAUAAGGGUAGGGGGUGGGGGGUUGGGUGCUAAAGUGGAUGAAUACUGUAUCGGCGUGGGUGGAUCAUGCUUUCUGAAAGCAGUGUUACGUGUUCCUGCACUAUUAGUUGAAACAUGAAUUGGUUUCGGACACCCCUUUUACACCACGUUCACACCAUUGUGCUGUGUUCUCAUCUUCCUGUGCAUUUUCUUUGAUGUCUCGAGCAUGAGCCCUUGUCAAACACCCCAGCACUUGUGUUCAUGGUUUUUUUUUUUUUUGGGUUUUUUUUGUGAAUCAUAACGUCUCUGUGAGAUGACAAGGAUAAGGUUUGGUGAGUGGUUAGUAUGACCAAAAAAACACUUUUUUUUCUUUCUUUUUUGUAUUUGUGUAUAUCUCAAAACUGUCCCCAAAAGAGAAUAAGCUGCAUAUUUUUAAAUGUUAUGAACUAUUAAUAAAGUCUGAAAAAUAUUGUUUCUUGUGGAAAGAAUAAUACCACUGUGCUACUUUUAAACUUCCCAAAUGCUAUUAGAUAUGAAGAACAAAAAAAAACGUCCUCCUAUCACAUAAAAUGGCUGCUGUAGAGAAAACACUGGUGCUUUGAGAAAGUUUAUUCAUACUUAAGUUUUUUUUUUUUCCAAUUCAUACCUGCUGUGUUUGUGGAGGAUCAGUGUAAUGGCCUUUAACAAGAACACAACGUUUUGCGUUAAGAUAAGACAUUUCUCUCCAUAAUCCAAACCGAAGUGUUGUCCAGACUGUGCUUGAGAGGCAAGAAGCUGUGCUGUAUGUCAGUCAGGUACUGUAACUGAAGUGUGUGUGAGUGUGCGUACGUAUGUGAGGUUGUGCGCAUGUGUGACUGUUGUUAGAUCAUUCUAGAGUUUUCCUGCCAGCAACAUGUGCAAGCUGUGUUUGUGCAGACAGUGUUAACGAUGAACCCGAGAUUCUUUGCUCUUUCCAAAUCAAUAAAAGAUGUAAGCCGA